UCGUUAAGCGUGGUUCGUUAACAAAAUGAGUGUGUCUGUUCAAAUAGAAAAAUUGGGAGAAGACAACUAUGACGUGUGGUCGAUAUCAAUGCGGAGCAUACUCGUCACCCAGGAUUUGUGGAGUGUUGCAAGUGGAAGCAUUACCAAGCCCCUAGACAGUUCGGAGUGUGCCAAUUGGGAAAUUAUUGACCAGACGGCGUUGGCGUCCCUGAUCCUGAACGUGAAGCCGACACAGUUGAUGCAUAUUAAGCACUGCUCUAGUGCAUACUUGGCAUGGCGGAAACUUCGGGAAAUUCAUCCAUCAGGCAGUCCAGCCAAAAAGGUGCAGCUCUAUCAAAAACUUAUGGGGCUAAAUCUGCAUAACGGUGAAAGUGUCAACAGUUAUAUAAACGCAUUUACGGAAACUUCCGAUAAGUUGACCGAACUUGAAAUACGUCUCCAAGAUGAUUUGAAGGUCAUCAUGUUAUUGUCCAAUUUGCCAAGUAGUUGGGAGAGUUUCGUCGUAGCAAUCGAAACUCGGGACAAGUUACCUAGCUUCGACACAGUUAAGGUAAAGCUUUUAGAAGAAGGAGCGAGAAAAGAAGAGAGAGAUAAGAGAGAACGUACUGAUCAAGCGGUAUAUGCACACCGAAACUUUCAAAGUAAGGGUACAGUUUUCAAAAGUCGCGGAAAAGCUAGCAAAGACGAGAAACAAACAAACAUCGCGCGAGAGAUUGCCGAGAUAGUGAGUCUAUCGAAAAACUGCAAUCGAACUGCGAACUGUGUGUAAACAAAACGAAUUUUUAUGGUGUCUUGAUACUGGUGCGACUUCACACAUGUGCUGCAAUUAAAACUUAUUUAGUACAUUUAUCGAAAAGAAAUCAAAGAGAAUGCUUGCGGCGGAAGAGUAUAUAGAAUCUUCGGGUUUUGGCGCAGUUGUGUUCUGCGCGGAAAACGUAAACAUUCGGUUGGAAGAGGUGUUGUUCGUUCCAACGUUGCACAUGAAUUUUUUGUCAGUAAGCCAAGCCGCUGCUUACGGUAA